AUGUUGUUUUCCUAUUUUGUUCUGGUUUUAUUUUUCGCUUUGGACCUUUUUUUUCCGUCGUUAUCUUUAACUGCCCUUUUCUUCCCCUUUCCCAAUUCCUGUGUUUUAAUCUCAUCUCUGAUUUCUUUUUCCCACUGCUUCUACCGCUUCGUUUAUUUUCUACUGUUUUCCUCUUAUCAGAUUCUAUUUUGUUUUUUCUGUUUUCCACCGCCUGCCGCUUGGUAUAAGAGUGAUUUCCAUCUCUUUAUUGCCUCCCAAAUCUGUUUCUUCGCUUUUGGGUUCGCCUCUCAGCUCUCCAGUUUCACAGACAGUGGCUUGCUCUGGCUAAAGAGCGGAAGUAGCUCUCAGUUGAAACCACUGCAGACCAGGCAUGAUCGUUCCAAGGCUGUGGAUAUAUUAGUAAAGGAUUUGAAAGUUUUUGCCACAUUUAAUGAAGAGCUUUUCAAGGAAAUCACUCAGCUCUUGACAUUGGAAAAUUUCAGAGAAAAUGAGCAACUUUCCAAAUAUGGAGAUACCAAAUCUGUUAGAGCAAUCAUGUUGGUGGAGCUUAAAAAAUUAAUUGAAGCAAAUCCUUUAUUCCGUGAUAAAUUGUAAUUCCCAAACCUUAAAAAUUCAAGGUUACAGAC